GGUGUAGACGUGGAGCAUUAUGUCUAUGAAUAUGAUAGUAAUAGAAGCGUAUCAGGUUUUAAAUAUUCAUCAGAUCAUAUUCUAGUUUAAAGACGUUUCGACAGCUGGCGGAGACGUCGCGAUUUUAAAUGAGAUAUUGUUUUGAGCUUUGCACGUACUAUAAAAAGUCCCACUAUCUUCCGGAAUACCAUACAAGGUCUGACUGUGGUGGUUGUUGGCUCAUUCGGGGAGAGCGUCAGAAUAGCACGUUCCUGAAGUAGGAGUUCUUUUGUUUGAAGUUCUACGGAACAGGAAAUAGUAGCAUGGAUACGCCAACAAUGUUUUUAUGCACAUUCCUUCUGAUGAUGAUUGUUUCAAGUGUCACGGCGUUAUCCCCGAUGGCGCAGAGCAUGAAUGCAGAAAUCAUGUCAGACUACAUGGACCUACAAAGAAAGGUUAUGAGAUAUAGGAUGUUUCAGUCUUCAAUGGGAGGACCGAAUGGUGGGAAUACUGUUCUUCCUGCUGGAAUACAAAAUCUCCUCGCCUCUUUUGGAGGAAUGGUUCCAUCAGAGAUGUCAUCUGUCCAAACAUCGGUAAAUAGUGGGUCACAGACAGGUAACUUUAUGCCAGAAGUAGCACCAACACUUCAAAACAUUGGACUAAAAAAUCCACAACCUGCAACAAAAACAGCAAACGCAAAGACAUCAUCAAAAAAGAGCAGUUUAAAAUCAAAAAGUGGUAAAGUUACACAUCCCAGCAAUGCAGCUCAGACACCAAAGCAGUCAUCAAGUAAACAAACCCCAGUGACAGAUAUGGUGAGUAAUGUACCAACGGCUAUAGGCUCUACUCUGGAACAAAAUCCAAUGAUUGGGCUCGAAAUGGCCGCUUUGAUGAAUGCAGGAUCGAUGAUGAAUACUGCAGGAGGAUCAAUGUUUGACCAAGGACAGACAUCAAAUCCAAGUAAUCCUACCCUAAAGGGAGUUCCGCAGAUGGCAUCAUCAGGAAUGAACAAUGGUCAAGCUGGUAUGUCGUUGCCACAAGCAAAUCUUGGACAGAUGUUAAUACAACACAACUUAUGCUCCGAGACGCCGUCCAAGUUGAGACAGAUGUGUAUGACGAAUAAGGACUGCUCUCACAAAAUGCAAUGUUUUACUGGGAGAUGCUGCGCUAAAAACCUCGACCAUGCAGAAAUUCUUGACAACAUGGUUGAACAUUUGGAGAGACAACGUGCCCGUCAAGCGUGGAUGAGACUAUGACACCGUGGCAGAUGAAUCAGCGACUGUGUCAUGGUGACAUUUGAUAAAUUAUUCCAUUCCUAAUUUAUUCAUUAUGUGGGAUAUUUUGUAUACACAAUGCCUAAUGCUUAAACAGUAAUAUAGAUAGUGUACCUGCUGUAGUUUGCUUAACUUAACUGCUUGUGUAACUAUGGAUAAUUUUGUAUCUAAAAUAUUUCCUCUGAGAGUGGACCCACAAAAAAGACGUUCACUUUCUGUCGUACAGUGCCAAGAUGCCAUAUGUUUGAAUAAGUACGUCAACUAUUGAUACAAUUCAAAGUUUUAUAAUGAUUUUAAUUAAAAUGUUACAAUUUAUAA